CUGCCGAGACCGGAAAAAGUUCGUUCAUGGCUGGCUUCGGAAUGGGCUUUCUCGCUUUCGCUCUCAAGAAGCUGCUUCUGCCUUUAGUGUUCGGAGCGCAAGUCAUCAAGUCCCUUUUAAUUAUCUUGUUCCUGCCAUCUCUUGUGGGAAGUUUAGGGAAAUUAUUAGGAAAGGGCCUUUCAACCGUAUCGGGUAUAUCAGGAGCAUCAGGCCUCGGACAGCACACUAACAAUCAAGUUAUCGAGGAAUUUGAAUUUAAGGAUACGGAUCCGUAUGCAAAUGAUGCAACUAAUUUACAAGAUGUGAAUAGCUUAGACAACUCCUAUGGAGCUUCAAGUGACACGAGUUCGAGCACUAUUUCAACGCCUACUGCUGCUAAUAGGUUGGGAAUAAAUCAGCGAGUGGCUUAUGUCCCUUACAGAUCAGAGGACUAUUACAUGCGAAUGCCGCCCAAGAAAACGGAUUUCAAACCCGUUACUGUCCCGCCUGGAUACCGUUUUCCAGCAAUUGGGUCUUGGAAGCGACAAAUCCCCAGAAACGGAAAAAUGCAGAGAAAGGUUGGUCUGCAUGAUGUACGCUAA